AAGGGCGGUCGACUCGAUGCCGCGCUGCGCUGCCCUGCUCGUGCUUGCGUCCCUCUCGCCCACAUCGAGCCUACUGCUUCAGCCGUCUCGACGCAGCGCUCUCACGCUCGCCGCGGCCGGGAUAGCGCCGCUCGCGCCGUUGCUGCCGGCAUCCGCUCGGAGCAAGGAGAAGGCAGCAGAAAAGGCACUGCAAAAGGCCGCGACCGCGAGCGAGGCCAGGCAAGCGAUGAAGGAGUACAAGUACGCGCCGCGGCCCGAGCUGGUCGGCAGCGCGGAGACGGGGUACGCGUUCAAGGCUGGCACCGUCCAGGCCGGCUCGCAGGGCGAGCUCUCGUCGUACUUCAAGCAGAAGGGCGCGACGAUCCAGGCCUCUUACGCUGAGGACAAGGCGCGCGCCGCCGGGCUCUCCAAGGAGGAGGCCGCCAAGGUGGCGAGCAGCACGCUCCAGAAGCGGAAGGAGGAGAUCGCGGCCAAGUCGCGGCGCGAGCUGUCCGACGACGAGAAGAAGAUUGCGGCGUACGCCGAGAAGAACAGGGGCAUGAAGGACGAGCAGGGCCGCCUCAUGUUCUGAGAGCAGGCCCGCCCGCCCUCUCGAUUUUUGUGUGCGCCGCGCGCCGCGCCGUGUGUGGCGGCUGAGCGCGGGCGGAGGGUCCCACCUCUUGCAACCAUCUUAGCGCGCGCACUGGUUCCCUCUCA